GAUAGGGCCAAUCUACUGCCUAGAGGGCGUCACGCAAAGGCUUCUCUAAUUCGGUCGUGAGCCGGACCAGUUCGCGAUAUGCUUGCGCCCCGCCGUUGACUAGUCAUGAUACAAUUGCGAGGACAGAGGCAGUGACGAAGACCAGAAACAGCUUCAAAGCGCCGGUCAAGCAGCGCAAGGAGUGACCGGCGCACCGGCGAGCUAAUGGCGACCACGAGGGCGGGCCUUCUUGAGGUCACAGUCGAGUUUGCCAAGGGCCUCAAGGACAUGGACUUCUUUAGCAAGCAGGACCCCUACGCCGUGGUCGAGCUGGGCGGCCAGAAGUGCAAGACGAAGACGCACAAGAAUGGCGGCACGUCUCCUGUGUGGAACGAGACAUUCACCAUCAACGUGAACACCGAGACAAACUUCAACCUCACGGUUUACGACGAGGACCCCGGCAAGGACGACCUCAUUGGCAAGGCUUUGGUGUCCAUUGCGGCGGCCCGCGCGCACGGCACUGACAAGCUGCAGGUGCCGCUGCUGCGGCCGUCGGGGAAGGAAAAGGGCUUCGUGAGCAUGACCCUCAAAUUCACUGCCGCGGCAGGUGGACCGCCGGUGCAGCAGGCUGCUGUGCCGCUACAACAGGGCGCAACGCUUGUGGGGGCCAUACCCGGCUACGGUGUCAUGCCAGUGGCCCAGCAGCAACAAAAACAGGAGCAAUUGCAACAGCAACAGCAGCAGGUGCAGCACCCAUACUAUGCGGCGGCAGCGCAGACGCCGCUGCCGCCCCAGCAGCAGCAACCGGCUCAGCAGGCGCCCCCGCAGGCAUCUGGCGUGCAGCAGACGGGUGCUGCUGGCGUGCCUGCAGGCUACCCCUAUGGCGCCCCGCAGGCAUACUCCCAGCCAGAGCAACCGCAGCAGGCCGCGUAUGGGCAGGCGCAGCCGCCACCGGGGUACCCCGUGCAGCAAUCCACAGGCGGGAAUGGCUACCCGCCUUAUCCGGGCGCACCUGUCGCAGGGGCAACUAGGGACGUGGUGGAGGCCGCGCCAUCAGCGGCGCAGGAGCAGGGGCCUGGGGCGGGGACAGCGGCCACAGCUGCGGGUGCCGCCGGGGCCGUGGCUGUGGCUGCCGCGGCGGGUGAGCAGGCAGCUUCACGUGCGCACCUGUCAGCAGCGGCACGCGCGGCCGCCUCGGCGCCACCGCCUGCCGGCGGUUACCCUGACCUUGCAGGGCUGCAUGUGGGCGAUGCGCCAAAGCACAGCACCGCACCUGCGGCAGCGGGCGGGGCGGUCGCGCCGCAGCCGCAGCUGCUCGCCGAGGCCGUAGCAGGCGGUGGGGGCGCCGCGCCCGCACCCGCGCCCACAGACGAUAUGGCGUCAGCGUUACGCGGCGUGGCGCAGCCGCCGCUGGGCCAGCCACAAGCACCGCCGCCCUAUGCGGCGCCAUACGCGUACGGAGCAGCGCCACCUGAGGGCCCACCAGGGGCGCCGGCCCCCUACGGCGCGCCGCCUCCAGCUGCUGGGUACGGCGCGCCGCCGCCAGGCUACCCGCCGCAGCAGCCGUACGGAUACCCCUAUUCAGCACCAGGGUAUCCGGCUGCGCAGCCGCUCUAUGGCGCGCCGCCACAGCAACAGCCCUACUGCGCGCCACCGCAGCAACAGCCGUACGGCGCUCCGCCGCAGCAACAGCCCUACGGCGCUCCGCCACAGCAACAGCCGUACGGCGCUCCGCCGCAGCAACAGCCGUACGGCACUCCGCCACAGCAACAGCCGUACGGCGCUCCGCCACAGCAACAGCCCUACGGCGCUCCGCCACAGCAACAGCCGUACGGCGCUCCGCCACAGCAACAGCCCUACGGCGCUCCGCCGCAGCAACCCUACGGAGCGCCUCCGCCGGCAUACGGCGCCCCUGUCGGCUACGCGCAGCCUCCAGCCGGGCACCCAGCCUACGGGGCGCCGCCGCCCGGGUACCCGCCGUAUGGGCCGCCUCCGGGCGCCCAAGGUUAUACGCCGGCGCACUACCCACAAGGUUACGAGGCAGAUGCGGCUUUCCGCCAUGGCCUGCCACGCUUUGGGACCGGGAAGAAGAGCCCCAAGAAGCAGAAACACAAGUAAGGGACGGGUGCCUCACUGGUAGUUGGCAACGUGGUACUCGGCGGUUGUACACUGUUGGACGUUGGAUUGCCACCCAGGCCAAAGCAGGGUAUGCACACGCGGUAGCACAGGUCAUUGCCUGGAGCGCUCUGCCUUAAGGGUCUGGUGGUCCUCAGGCGUAGGUUGCGCUGGCGUGCAGUUAGGGGGCACAUGCGCCCUGGGGGCUCUGCAGCUUGCGGGAAUGGGAGAAAGGUAGUGAGCCCUGUGAACAAGUGGGUAGAGACUAGAUGGCUCGCCCCACGGCGUCUGGCAUCGGAGUGGAUGGGAAGUGGCGUGUAUGAGUUUUGCACCAAGGCCGUUGUUAUUGUCUACCACUUAGACCACCUGAUCUAGUGACCUCGACCGCGUAUGAUAUGUGUAUUACACUGUACAGCAGCUUGCUGGUGGAUGGGUGAGGCAUGGACGGGUCCGGGCUGCGGGCAUGAGCAAUCGAAAUCGCGGUUUGGGGCGGCCGGAUGGGGGCUCUGGUCUAGCCUCGCCGCACUGGCGAGAUACCGUACAUCCUAGACAUUAAGGUUCAGUCUAUGGUCGUUACAGCUGAUGGACUGGGUGGUAUCUCGUGCAACGCCACUUAGUUCAGCCACGCAGCUGCAUCGACGGCGCCCACGCGGGUACCACCAGGCGGCUGGAUGGGGUCUAGGGGAGUCCCUUCUUCCGCGGGCCUUUUCACUGUGAGCAAUAACUCGUACAAGGAUGCUGACCCGACCUACCCCCCACAAUUCGAUAGCGCUCUAUCCGCCUGGCUAGUUAGAUUUCUUGUACGAGCUAUUGCCCGUGGUGAAAACUGGGCUGCCGUCCGGGGGGUGCGUUUUCCCAGCCAAACCCGCACGUUGGACGUUGCCCCGGGGCAAAUCCUACCGCACGGAUUAGACACCGCCUUUCUGUAGGUACAUAACCAACAUCAUCAUCAGCCAGAAGUGGUCGGCAAAGGUCCAAAUUAUGCUUAUCGGGGCUCAAGUCGCGAAAUUGACCGAAGCCCAUAUCUCGCAUAUGCGCUGUUUGGGGCCUGAAUCUAUUGCCGUCGACAUUAAUUCUCGUAUAGAUGUAAUCAAAAUAGCUUCAGGCUAAGUUGGCGGGGUCCUGGCGAGCGCGACAUACAGCAUUUCGACUUGAGCUCUCGCUCAAAAUUAUGCCCGAGCACCAUCCAGGGACCUUAUUAUGCGUAAUGGGAUGUCAAUUCAUGGUCGGGGCGACAGUCUGGGCAUAGACCUUGCGAUCCCGCCCUUGACCCCCGGAGUGGUACCCGCGUGACGGCGCCUUGCCACUUCAAGAAUCGUGGAGCCCGCGCUAUGAGCCUCGUGCUUUGCCGUCAAAGUUUGCUACGUAUGCACCAGCGUUUUGGCCAGCGCUCGUAUCUUACGAAGGCAGGGGCAGCGUCAGUGGCCGAAUUCCUUAAAAUGG